AUGGCUGGCGGAGUUGGCGUUCGCGAUGUUGAUGCGCAAAAGUUCAUCAACGCCUAUGCUGCGUUCCUGAAGCGUCAGGGCAAGCUGCCCAUCCCUGGUUGGGUUGACACCGUCAAGACUGGUCACGCCAAGGAGCUCCCUCCUCUGGACAUUGACUGGUUCUACGUCCGUGCUGCUUCUAUCGCACGCCACGUCUACCUCCGCAAGACCGUCGGUGUCGGCCGUCUCCGCAAGGUCCACGGUACCGCCAAGAACCGCGGCAACCGCCCCUCGCACCACUACGAUGCCUCCGGCUCUGUCGACCGCAAGGUCCUCCAGGCCCUUGAGAAGAUCGGCGUCGUUGAGCAGGACGAGGAGAAGGGUGGCCGCCGCAUCACCCAGGCCGGCCAGCGUGAUUUGGACCGUAUCGCCCAGACCACCGCUGAGGCCGAGGAGGAGGAGGAAGAUGACGAGUAA